CUUUAUGGGUUUUCAUUUUUAUUAUCUUUCAAUUCGAGCUUCCACUCACCCAAGUCCCCCACUACUUCCUCACUCAUUCCAUUGCCGACUCUCUCUAUUACUCCAUCUAUUUAUUACAUAUAAAGCCUACUUCUAAAACUUUCCUACACUAUCAAAUUCAAAACCCCACCAUCAUCAUUUGGUGCUUCUUGACAACACAAAAUCACUUUCAAAGGCUUGAAAAAGAAAACUGAAACCAAACCAACUUUCCCCUUUCACUGAUCAUGGCUUCUUCUCUCAUAAUUUCCCCAAGAAAGCUUCGCUCUGAUUUGUACUCCUACUCCUACCAAGAGGAUCAUUACAGCACCCCAUUGGUGAUCAAUGUUCUGGCUUCACUGAUUGAGAGGAGCAUGGCCAGAACAGAAAGGAUCGUGAAGAAUGGUUCGAGGUCUUUGUCCAAGGCCAUUAGCACAAACAUCUUUGACUGCAGAGAGAUCCUUGACAUGACAAUCCAGUCUUAUUUAGAGAGAAUUUUCAGGUACACUCGUGCAGGGCCUUCAGUGUAUGUUGUAGCUUAUGUCUACAUUGACAGGUUUUGCCAGAACAAUCCAGGAUUCAGAAUCAAUGCUAGAAAUGUGCAUAGGCUUCUCAUCACAACCAUCAUGCUUGCUUCCAAGUAUGUUGAAGACAUGAACUACAGAAAUUCCUACUUUGGAAGAGUUGGUGGGUUAACAACUGAUGAGCUGAACAAGUUGGAGCUGGAAUUCCUUUUCUUGAUGGAUUUCAAAUUGCAUGUAAACGUGAGUGUUUUUGAGAGCUAUUGCUGCCAUUUAGAGAGGGAAGUUAGCAUUGGAGGAGGGUACCACAUUGAGAGGACCCUGAGGUGUGCAGAAGAAAUCAAAGCAAAGCAUAGAGAAGAAAGGGGUUACACACACAUUGCACGUGUGAUGUUGUAGUCUUUAUUUUAUUUUCUUUAAUCAUGGUAUAUAUUGGUAUGGAGGUACUUCUAUUGAAAAUAGUAACAAAUUUUUGUUGGAAACCACA